AUGACUGGUUCUGGUUCUCCUUGUGGAGCCUGCAAGUUUUUGAGGAGAAAAUGUGUGAGGGGUUGUGUUUUUGCUCCUUAUUUCUGCCAUGAACAAGGCGCUGCCCACUUUGCUGCCAUUCAUAAGGUUUUUGGUGCAAGCAAUGUGUCCAAACUCCUCGGUCACCUACCGGUGAGUGACAGGUGUGAAGCUGCGGUUACCAUUGCUUAUGAAGCUCAAGCCAGACUUCAAGAUCCCAUCUAUGGAUGUGUCUCACACAUUUUUGCCCUCCAGCAGCAGGUUGUUAAUCUACAAGCACAGCUAGCUUCUCUGAAGGAGCAAGCAUCUCAAAGCCUUUUCAAUGGGUCCAGUGCUGGAAACCUCAAUGAGAAAUUCUUUGGGAAACUCCCUUCUUACCAGCAAGACUUUCAGAGUUGGUUUCAGUUGGAGAAUUUGAACACAGUGCCACAGUUUGAUCCAAACCUCGCCAGUAAUUCGGAAACCAUGCCGUAUUCCCAAAGUGGGUUCGUGGACCCUAGCCCUAUGGAGAAUUAUAAAAAUUCAAUGUUCCCGGAGGAAAAUGUCUCCUUCGCCAGUUUCGAAGAGGCUUCUCAUUCCAUGGCUUCUCUGGACAUGCAAGGAAACAGAAGGAAAUGGGCUUACCAAGAUGAUGCUGACGAACUCCAGUCAGUGGCCUUUGGCUAUAUCCGGCAUUCAUGA